CUAGGGCUGUCCAAUGACAUCACCUCCCACCAGCCUAAUUAACUACAAUUACUCAUCCACGUGCACCAAUCAUUACCCAAGGCGGUAAUCUGAGUUUUUUAGUGCUAAGAUACCGUACCGAUAACCCGCUGUUGCGACGGCAGAAUUUUUUAUUUACUUCUGCCCCUCUACUCUAACUUUUUUUCGUCUUGUUUCUUUCUUCUCUCACAUACCCCAAUUCCUUUUUUUUUUGUUCUGUGUAACGAAAUAUACCCUCAUUUCUCUUAUCAUAAUGUCUGCUGGUCAGGAAAACCUCGUCGAGAUCCCUACUGUCUCCAAGGAGGCCGCGAAGAAGAUCUCGCAUUUGGAGCAGGAGUUCAUUCGCGCGGAGGUUGAGCAGCUCCGCCAAUCCGUCCCCCUCCUGCAGCCCCUCUACGAGAAGCGCAACAACCUCAUCACCACCCCCGAGAUCCAAAAUGACUUCUGGAUCCGUGUCUUCUCCAACGCCCCCGCCGACAUUGACGAGUACGUCUUGCCCUCGGACGCUGCCGUGCUCGGCUCCUCGCUCAAGAACUUGAGCGUUGAGCGAUUCGAGGUCAACGAGAAGGGCCAGGGUGAGCCCCGCAGCUUGCGCUUCACCUUUGAGUUCCAGACCGGCGACGAGAACCCCUUCUUCGAGAACGAGAAGCUCGUCAAGGACUUCUACUGGCGCACCCAGGUCACCAAGUCUGCUGAGGGCAAGAGACGCACCUGGGAGGGUCUCGUCUCGGAGCCUGUCCGUAUCAACUGGAAGGAGGGCAAGGACCUGACCAAGGGUCUGUUGGAUGCUGCUUGUGACCUUGCAGGGGCUGAGAAGAAGGGUGGUGACCGCAAGGAGCUGCCUGAGUUCGAGAAGCUUGUCAACAAGAUUGCUGAGGUUCAGACUGAGGCUGCGGCUGCGGCUGCUGAGGACGACGAGGACGACGAGGACCCCGAGAGCCCCGCUGGCGCUAGCUUCUUCGCUUUCUUCGGUUACCGUGGACGCAGUGUCACCGCUGAGGAGUCCAAGCAGGGUGUCAAGGACGAGGAGGAGCGCUGGGCUAAGAUCCAGAAGGGUGAGGCUGUCGAAGACGACGAUGACGAGGACGAUGACGAUGAGGACGACGAUGAAGACGACCUCGAAUUCGCCGAGGUCUUCCCCGACGGCGAGGACCUCGCCAUCUCCAUCGCCGAAGACCUCUGGCCCAACGCCCUCAAGUACUAUGUGCAAUCGUACGAGAUCGCCGAGGACCUCGAAGAGCUCGAUGAUGAAGACUGGGAUGACGAGGAGGACGAUGAUGAUGAGGAGUCGCGCCCCCGUAAGAAGACCAGAGUCUAAACGUUGAACGCCAUUUCUGACACAUUUUCUCACGCAAAGAUUAACAAACCCCUGAUAACCCCGUUAUCCUGUACCCCGAGUCAUGUUUUCUCUCACGUGAAGAACAACAAGAACCUUGAUGACCCCUAUGCCCCGAGUUAUGUUUGCCAUGAUAGCU